AUGUGCUUCUGCCACGCCGCUCCAGUCGUGUUUUUGCCGUCCAUUUUCGUCUACUAUCGCAUAUGCGGGACAGCUGAGGAUCGCCAUGCUGGACACGACAUGUUGAGUGUACUGAGAAGACACUCCAUUAUUCCUUUACGACAGUUGACCCGUCUAUCCGCGUUUCUCGGUGUUUUCUACUUGUUGUGCGACUACUUCUGGUUUUCAGCGCUGCAAAACUUGACAGUGGCUGCUGGAGCUGCAAUCUUCAACAGCUCGCCACUGUUCGUGUAUUGCUUCUCCAUCUGCUUACUGCACGAACAAGUAUCAUGCAAGAAGCUGUUUGGCGUUCUGAUGGCUUUUACUGGAGUGACAAUAGAGAUACUUUACCAAGACAACGGAAAAAGUGGAGGUAUUGGAAGCCCAAGUGUCGUCGUGGGGCUGAUGAUGCUGACUUCGGUGAUCCUUAACGCGGGAUACAACGUGACCGUUGCGCUAACGGCAGGUGCCAACAUCAACGAUACGCCGACGCUUAUGAUCAUGAUGGGACUUAGUGGCAUCUUCACAUUUCCUGCGUGGUUGGUCGGUACAUUAUUCUUCGCCCACAGCCCGUUUCCUUCGUUGUACGAGCCAAUCGGCUACCCUUCCUCGAUCGAAGGAAACGUGAUGCUGGCAAUUGGAGUCGUCAUGUUCACGACCAACUUCAUCUUCUUGACGUUCGCUGUGUGCUGGACGUCGCCACUAGAGACCAGUGUCGGCUUUAUGCUCACAAUUCCGUUGGCAGGACUCAUCGAUACCUAUGUACGUCAUGCGCCGUUAACGUGGGAGUUCUUUUUCGGUGCAGCGUUGGUAAUGACAGGAUUUUGUAUCCUGGAAAUGACCUCACUGGACAAUUCGUCGAACGCCAAUAAGCACACCAAUGUCGAUGUGGACACCGAAUCAGCGUAA